CGCGUGUCCGUUUGGUUGAAGUGAGCGGAUGAGCAGUGUCGAGCGUUGAUUUUCCGAUUCCUUGGGAAACGGCAGAAGGAAAUCUGUAAUCGAACCCGAACUUAAAGUCAGGCGAACCCAUGCGAACCCCUACCUAUUAAAGUGAGAAAAGCAUGUGAAAAUAUGCAACAAAAAUUUAAGUCCUUAAGGGAUCAUAACUAAUCAAAUACAAACAAUAGUGGAUUAAAACAAAGCUGCCAAUAUAAACAAGAGCUAUUCAAUAACCACCGUGAAAGUUCGCCAAACAAUUAACCAGUGUAACAAACAAAAUUAAGCUAUUCAUAAAACUUAAAUAAAAAGUAUCCAAUAAAAUUAUAGCAAUAAAAAAUAUAGUGAAACAUUUUGCAUGAUGGCAAAACCAAUUUAACCAGCAAAUACACUUCAUUGUGCUCGAAACUCAGAGUGGAAAAACUUGGCGAAAUAGUUGCAGCUACGAACUACAAGCGCAAAAUGCAUUCGAGGCUAAAAUUCUUGGCAUAUUUACAUUUAAUAUGCGCCAGCAGCAUUUUCUGGCCGGAAUUCAGUGCCGCCCAGCAGCAGCAGCAACAACAGGCGGCGUCGUUAACCGAGAAAAUACCAUUAGGUGCGAUUUUCGAACAGGGAACGGAUGAUGUGCAAUCAGCCUUUAAAUAUGCAAUGCUCAAUCACAAUCUGAAUGUGAGCUCUCGACGAUUCGAGCUGCAGGCGUACGUCGAUGUCAUCAAUACAGCAGAUGCAUUCAAAUUAUCCCGCCUGAUUUGCAAUCAAUUCUCGCGCGGAGUCUACUCAAUGCUGGGCGCCGUAUCGCCGGACUCCUUUGACACAUUGCACUCCUACUCGAAUACGUUCCAAAUGCCAUUCGUGACGCCCUGGUUCCCCGAGAAGGUGCUCACGCCGUCGUCGGGGCUGCUGGAUUUCGCUAUCAGCAUGCGUCCGGAUUAUCAUCAGGCGAUUAUCGAUACCAUCCAGUACUACGGCUGGCAGAGCAUUAUUUAUCUCUACGACUCGCACGAUGGCUUACUACGGCUGCAGCAAAUCUAUCAAGAACUGAAGCCCGGAAAUGAAACGUUCCGUGUGCAAAUGGUGAAACGCAUCGCCAACGUAACGAUGGCCAUUGAAUUUUUGCACACGCUGGAGGAUUUGGGUCGCUUCAGCAAAAAGCGCAUCGUGCUCGACUGCCCGGCGGAAAUGGCCAAAGAGAUCAUCGUGCAGCAUGUGCGGGACAUCAAGUUGGGCCGGCGCACCUAUCAUUACCUGCUCAGCGGACUGGUCAUGGACAACCACUGGCCCAGCGACGUGGUCGAGUUUGGGGCCAUCAACAUCACCGGCUUUCGCAUUGUCGACUCUAAUCGGCGGGCGGUGCGUGAUUUCCACGACAGCCGGAAACGCUUGGAGCCGGCUGGCCAAAGCCAAAGCCAGAACGCAGCGGGGGCCAACAGCUUGCCGGCCAUUUCGGCCCAGGCCGCCCUGAUGUACGAUGCGGUUUUCGUGCUCGUCGAGGCCUUCAAUCGCAUUUUGCGCAAGAAGCCGGAUCAGUUCCGUUCCAAUCAUCUGCAGCGCCGCAGCCACGGAGGUGGCUCGUCCUCUUCUUCCACCGGCGCCAAUGAUUCCAGUGCCCUCCUCGAUUGCAACACCAGCAAGGGCUGGGUCACGCCUUGGGAACAGGGCGAGAAAAUCUCCAGGGUGCUGAGGAAGGUGGAAAUUGAUGGUUUGUCGGGGGAGAUCCGUUUCGACGAGGACGGCCGGCGAAUCAACUACACGCUGCACGUGGUGGAGAUGUCCGUGAACAGCACGUUGCAGCAGGUGGCCGAGUGGCGUGAUGACGCCGGACUCCUUCCGCUGCACAGCCACAGCUAUGGGACAUCGUCGCGUUCCGGGUCCUUCAGCACCGGCGACUACGACCGGAACCACACGUACAUCGUGACCAGCCUGCUGGAGGAGCCCUACCUGUCGCAGAAGCAGUACACCUACGGCGAACAACUGGUGGGCAACGAUCGCUACGAAGGAUACUGCAAGGACCUGGCCGAUAUGCUGGCCGCCCAGUUGGGAAUAAAAUAUGAAAUACGCCUGGUCCAAGACAAGAACUAUGGAGCGGAGAAUCAGUAUGCCCCUGGAGGUUGGGAUGGCAUGGUGGGUGAGCUGGUUCGCAAAGAGGCGGAUAUAGCCAUUGCGGCCAUGACUAUUACAGCCGAAAGAGAGCGGGUUAUUGACUUCAGCAAGCCCUUCAUGACCCUGGGCAUAUCCAUUAUGAUCAAGAAACCCGUGAAACAGACACCAGGAGUCUUCAGCUUCCUCAAUCCCCUGUCACAGGAGAUUUGGAUAAGUGUGAUUCUCAGCUAUGUGGGAGUUAGUUUUGUUCUGUACUUUGUAACCCGUUUUCCGCCGUACGAGUGGCGAAUUGUAAGACGACCACAGGGGGAUUCCAGUGCCCAGCAGCCACCGGGCAUCAUUGGAGGGGCCACGCUGAGUGAACCGCAGUGCCAUCAGCCACCAGUUCCACCCAAUGAGUUCACCAUGCUAAAUUCCUUUUGGUAUUCCCUGGCUGCCUUCAUGCAGCAGGGAUGCGAUCUCACGCCUCCUUCAAUAGCCGGCAGAAUCGCAGCUGCUGUUUGGUGGUUCUUCACCAUCAUUCUGAUUUCCUCUUACACUGCCAAUUUGGCCGCUUUUCUCACCGUGGAACGCAUGGUGGCCCCCAUUAAAACGCCCGAGGACUUGGCCAUGCAAACGGAUGUUAGCUAUGGAACUCUUUUGCACGGCUCCACCUGGGAAUUCUUCAGGCGCUCACAAAUCGGUCUGCACAACAAAAUGUGGGAGUAUAUGAAUGCCAAUCAACAACACUUGGUUCCUACCUACGAUGAGGGUAUACGAAGGGUGAGGGCCUCCAAGGGGAAGUACGCCCUACUGGUGGAGUCCCCCAAAAACGAGUAUGUGAAUGCCAGGCCCCCUUGCGACACAAUGAAAGUUGGGCGUAAUAUCGAUACGAAGGGUUUUGGCGUGGCCACACCCAUAGGAUCGCCAUUGAGAAAACGUCUAAAUGAAGCCGUGCUCACGCUGAAGGAGAACGGUGAGCUGCUGCGGAUCCGGAACAAGUGGUGGUUCGACAAGACCGAGUGCAACCUGGAGCAGGAGACCUCCACGCCGAACGAGCUCUCGCUGAGCAACGUGGCCGGGAUCUACUACAUCCUGAUCGGGGGCCUCCUGCUGGCGGUGAUCGUGGCCAUCGUGGAGUUCUUCUGCCGCAACAAGACCGCCCGGCUGAAGGCGCCGGGCUCCAAUGGGUCCGCCGGCGGAGUGCCCGGCAUGCUGGGCUCCUCAACAUAUCAGCGGGACUCGCUUUCCGAUGCGAUUAUGCACUCGCAGGCCAAGUUGGCGAUGCAGGCGAGCAGCGAGUACGACGAGCGGUUGGUGGGCGUUGAGUUGGCCUCCAAUGUGCGGUAUCAGUACAGCAUGUAAGAGCCUAAGCUCUCUCUCGCUGUACGAGUAUCUUGUAAAUAAUUAAGGCACUAUCCGAUAACGAUGAAAAAGGCAUAACUAAACGACGCUGGCAAUCAACUCUCGGGUCAAAGGGUAGGCGGCGUUCAAAAACUGUACAGAAUAACCAUUACUAUUGUAUUUUUGAUAAAUGUAUACAAAGUGAGUGCAUAAAUUAACUAUAGCUACGACUAACACUAAAACUAAACUAAACUGUACAUAGGUUAAGUGAAAAUUAUCCCGAAAUAAAAAUAAAGCGUAUG